GCCGAAGCUAAUCACAUAUUUUACAUCUUUGUGUUGUUUGAGAGGUGGAGAUUUAAGUAUAAUUCUAGUUCUCGUCUUUUGGGUUAGAACCAGUUCACCUCCAUUUAUUGCUUCGCGUUGCGCCGAGCAUGGAUGAUGUUUUACUUGCUGGUGACUCCAAGCGUCAACGCCGUUCCGGCAACUUUCCACCAAGCAUGUGGGAAGAACAUUUGCAAGCAUUGUUGGCUAAUUCUGAUGAUUUGAUGAAUAAGGAAAACUCUUCCGAACAAGAGGAGGAACAUUAUGAAAGACUAAAAGAGGAAGUGAGGAAGAUGCUGAUUACUAAUGAAACUGAUCAUGGUGACAAGUCCAACCCCUACCGGCAAAAGUUGGACUUGAUUGACACUAUCCAACGUCUUGGAGUUGCUUACCAUUUUGAGAGUGAAAUCGAGGCAAUAUUAUUAUCGCUUCGAAUGGAACUAGAAGAAAAAGAUGGCGGCCAUGAAGAGCUCCAUAAAGCUGCUCUUCUUUUUCGAUUAUUAAGACAACUUGGUCACUGUGUAUCUUGUGAUAUGUUUAACAAAUUUAAGGAUCAAGAUGGAGAUUUUAAAAAAUCCUUACAAAAAGAUGUUCAAGGAUUGUUAAGCUUUUACGAGGCAGCGAAUUAUAGAUUUCAUGAUGAAGACAUUUUGGAAGAAGCAAUGAAUUUCACAGCCUCCCAACUCCUAUCUAUGUUGCCAAACCUCGACAAUUUUUGGUCCACCAAAGUUAAGCAAGCUCUAAAACUACCAAUUCAAAAAACUCCCAGUCGGGUAGGAGCCAGACGAUUUAUAUCUCUUUAUCAACAAGACAUAUUACACAACACAAUUUUGUUGAAGUUCGCAAAGUUAAACUUUAAUAUGCUUCAGAGACUGUACCAGAACGAACUAAGUAUCAUAGCCAAAUGGUGGAAAAACUUGGAUCGUCCUAAGAAGUUUCCAUUUGCUAGAGAUAGAAUGAUAGAGAAUUACUUCUGGAUUUUGGCCGUGUAUUUUGAGCCCAAAUAUAGCUUGGCCCGAAUAUCAUUAAGUCAAGUGAUAAAUGUAGUUUCCAUUGUAGAUGACAUCUAUGAUACCUAUGGAUUCUUGGAUGAACUCGUCCUUUUCACGGAUUCAAUAGAAAGAUGGCAUAUCAGUGCAUCUGAUCAGUUACCCUCAUAUAUGAACAACUGUUAUUUAGAGAUGUUAAACGUUUAUUCGAAGAUAGAGGAAAGAUUGAGUAAUCAAGGCAAAUCGAAUCAAAUUAGUUAUGGAAUAUCAUCUAUGAAGGAAUUAGUGAGGGCAUACUUUGAAGAGGCAAAAUGGAUGUAUAGUAAGGAUGUCCCAAAUUUUGAAGAGUACAUGAAAGUUGCGCUCAUGAGUUCUACAUAUAAAAUGUUGCCAAUUAAUUCUUUGGUGUGCAUGGGGGAAUUUGUGACUGAAGCAACCCUCGAUUGGAUGGACAAGACGCCAUUGCUUAUAAGGGCUGCCUCAAUCAUUUGCAGGUUAAUGGACGACAUCGCUGAUAGUGAGUGGGCAAAAGAGAGGGGACAAGAUGCAUCCGCGGUUGAAUGUUACAUGAAACAAUAUGGCACUUCUAAACAGGAAACUCUGAUUGAGCUUCGAAAACAACUCGCAAAUGCUUGGAAGGACAUAAACAAAGAAUGCUUCAAUCCUACCUCAGUUACACCUAUGUUCGUCCUGGAGAGAAUCCUAAAUUUUGUCAGAAUAAUGCAUCUUCUAUACGAAAGUGGUAAUGAUGCAUAUACUAAUCCUACCAAGGAGGGUAAAGACCUUAUAAUAUCCAUUUUGUUUGAUCGUGUUCCUCUGUGAUGAAUCAAUGUAAUAAUUAGAUGUUUUCCAUAUAUCCAAUAGCCACUGGUUUGAGUUAUUCUAAUUAAGAGACUUUGAACAUGUUGGUUGUAGUAGGGAUUUCAUUCUCAAUGUUCUUAGCCUAUUUCAUUUAAAAUGAGUGUUAGUUUGUUCUCAUACAAGACAUUGAAAUGAUU